GCUCAGGGCCGCCGCUCGCCCGCCGGGGCGCCCGUCGAUGCUGCAGAGCCCGCCCGGCGCGACCCCCGCCUCGUCCUCCGCCAUGGACAAGAGCAGCCCCUGCGGCUCCGGUACGCCCGGCUCCUCGGCCGGCAGCAAAGGGCAGCAGCCGCGAUCCGCCUCGGCCGGGCCCGCCGCGGGGGAGUCUAAGCCCAAAGGCGAUGGAAAGAAUGCAAGUGGAUCCAAACAGCGUUAUAAUCGUAAAAGAGAAACUUCAUAUUCAAAAAAUGAGAACUUUUCCAGUCAGUCCCGUCGCUCCAAUUCACAGAAAAGCAAAGCUUUUAACAAGAUGCCCCCUCAAAGGGGAGGUAGCGGCGGAAGUGGCAAACUUUUUAGCUCUUGUAAUGGUGGAAGACGAGAUGAGGUAGCAGAGGCUCAGCGGGCAGAGUUCAGCCCUGCCCAAUUCUCUGGUCCCAAGAAGAUUAAUCUGAACCACUUACUGAACUUCACUUUUGAACCCCGUGGCCAAACAGGCCAUUUUGAUGGGAAUGGACAUGGCAACUGGGGGAAAAGGAACAAGUGGGGACAUAAGCCUUUCAACAAGGAGCUCUUCCUGCAGGCCAACUGCCAGUUUGUUGUCUCUGAAGAACAGGACUACACAGUCCACUUUGCUGAUCCAGAUACCUUGGUCAACUGGGACUUUGUGGAGCAAGUGCGAAUCUGUAGCCAUGAAGUGCCCUCCUGCCCAAUAUGUCUGUACCCACCAACCGCAGCAAAGAUCACCCGUUGUGGGCAUAUCUUUUGUUGGGCAUGUAUCCUUCACUAUCUCUCCUUGAGUGAAAAGACCUGGAGUAAAUGUCCUAUUUGUUAUAGCUCUGUUCACAAGAAGGAUCUCAAGAGUGUUGUUGCUAUGGAAACACGUCAAUAUGCAAUUGGUGAUAUCAUUACGAUGCAACUUAUGAGAAGAGAGAAAGGUGUUCUGAUAGCACUGCCCAAAUCUCAGUGGAUGAAUGUGGUGCAGCCUGUUUACAUCGGAGAUGACCAGCACAGUCAGUAUUCAAAGCUGCUUCUGGCAUCCAGGGAGCAGGUCUUGCAGCUGGUGAUUCUGGAGGAGAAAGCAGCAUUACUAAAACAGUAUGAGGAAGAAAAACACACCCCAGAGGCUUGCUUUAUUGAGGCGGCUAUCCAGGAACUGAAGGAACGAGAAACAGCACUCUCUGCUGACCAGGAUAAAAACAAUGGCAUUGCUGGAAUCAGUGCAGCUGUGGAAGAAUUGGUCCUAGUAAGCUCCAAGGCUGUGGAGCCUACAGUUUCCCAAGAGAAAAAGUGUGGUGUGGAAUAUCUCUCUGCAUUUGAUGAGGAGCUUGUGGAGCCUUGCUCUGAUCUGGCAAGUUCCUUUUUGCCUCCUGUGGAAGCUGAAGAGGCAGUGCUGGAUGAAGAGGAAGUACCUGAGGUGGACACUGUAGGGGCACCUGAUACAAACACUACAGAAGAACCAAAUCCAGCUGAAACAAGCUAUCAAGAAUCUAAAGAUACAAAUAGCAGUGGACAUCUUGGCAACUGUCCUUUCUACUAUUUCUAUCAAGCGGAGGAUGGACAGUGUAUGUAUCUUCACCCUGUGAAUGUUCGAUGUCUUGUUCGUGAAUAUGGCAGCUUGGAGAAGAGUCCAGAGAAGAUAACUGCAGCUGUAGUGGAGCUAACUGGCUACUCAAUGACAGAGGAUAUAAGACAGCGUCAUCGCUACCUUUGUCACUUGCCCCUCACCUGUGAGUUCAGCAUUUGUGAACUGGCUCUGAAGCCACCCAUCAUUUCUAAGGAGACUUUAGAGUUGUUUUCAGAUGACAUUGAAAAGAGGAAACGUCUUCGGCAGAAGAAAGCUCGUGAUGAACGACGACGUGAACGCAGAAUUGAAAUAGAAGAAAACAAGAAACAAGGCAAAUAUCCAGAGGUCCAUAUUGCUUUAGAGAAUCUGCAGCAGUUCCCUGCUUUUACCUCUUGCCCCGGAGAAACUACCAGCAUUGAUCAUCAGAGCUUCUGUCUGUCUCCUCUUGGCAGAAGCCCUGUGUUUCAGACGGAGUCUAUUCCAACUCCACUGUCACCUGCUGCCAGCCAGGUCAGCCCAUUCCUCUGUGGGAGUUUAGAAGAAGAGUCUCCCUUCCCUUCUUUUGCCCAGAUGUUGAGAGUCGGAAAGGCAAAACCAGAAACAUGGCCCAAACCUGCCCCAAAGACAAGAGAUGAGAACACUCUGGCACUCCCUGUGCCAGUGGAUAGUGAUGGAGAAAGUGACAGCUCUGACCGCAUACCUGUGCCCAGCUUCCAGAAUUCCUUCAGCCAAGCUAUUGAGGCAGCCCUCCUGAAACUGGACAAACCGUCCACAGCUGAUCAUUUAUCAGAGGAAAAGGGAGGCAAGAAAAGAAAGAAACAGAAGCAGAAGCUAUUGUUCAGCACCUCUGUUGUUCACACAAAGUGAUUCUGCUAUUCAAGAGAAGUUUCCUCUCCUCGUUUUCUUUUCAUUUUGCUUUGUUUUGCUGCUAUAGUUUAAGUAUUUAAAUUUGAACAGACUAAACUUGUGUUUCCAGGGCUUCUAGGGGGUUCAGGAGGAAACCAUUACAGUAUAUGUUGAAGUAAGAGCUUUUGAUUUCAACUGUUUAAUCAGUUUAUACUGAAACAAAGUUUUGAAAGAAACAACCCAGAGACAAAUCGGCCAAGGCUUCUAGUGUGUGCCAAGUCAGUUCUUUUGGCCUAAUAAGCAGUAUGAAAAUCUUUACAGCUGUGUGGCACUGCCAGAAUACUGCAAUAUUACCUAAGUGAAGAGGCAGAGAGUCUUUAUUUCCCUAGAAGUAUUCAUGGGCAGAAGUCCAUCUGACUGUGACAGUAGUGCUGUUUCAGUAAAGCUGUCAAACUGCUCUCUUGAGAAACUGGUUUCCGCUGCGCUGGAAACGGGCAAAAGAGCUUCCUGGCUUUAGAGUGCUAGCUGCUGUAUCUGUUCUUUUUCUAAAGAGCAAGAAUUCCUCCUGUUCUCCUGGCUUGGAAAGAUUUAAAGCUGAGGUGAGUGUAAAGCAGAACUUGGCUACUUGGUUUUGAAGUGAUAAAUUUGUGUAUUUCAAAAUGCAUACUGGCACGAGUGGUAGAAGGAACCUCCUGGCUUCUCAGUUGUUCAACUCUGUUUUAAUGUGGGUGAGUGAGGCUGCUAAUUUUUUCUUUUUUUUUUUUUUUUUUUGCCAACCAUGGGCUACACAUUCUUUGUAACCUGAUCAUCUAGAAUAAACACUCCACCCUAGGGUUCUUGGUAACUACCUGAAUGUUUUGACACUGGCUGCUCUUGAAUUGGAAGAACAACUGAUAGCUGGAGUCUGUAGACAACUUUUAUUCCCUAGCAAGAAACUGGGUCUCUUGUACUGGGAUAAGGGCCUGUAUCUGCUUGGUUCUGGGAUGUGAGUUGAUCUGUACUAAGCACUUCGGGCCAUAAACAUGCCUCUUCUGGACCCCUCCCUGCUUUUUCUUUGGGUGGUCAUAUUCUGCACUGCUUGUGGUUUGAUUUGAGCUAAUGAGUUAAGUGGUGUGGAUUUUGUUGAAUAAAAUGAACUAUAGGUGUAAUGUACCAGUCAAGGCCAACAGUUGCAAUAAAUCAUAUGCACACGCACUUACAGUACUGCACACUUCUGAGCUGUAACUGAACUGUCAUAUCAACAUGGAGCACAAUACCACUUAGUUGCACCAAUUCACAUCUUACCUUUCUUCUGACAGAAUUCAUGCCAGGGAGCUGGCACUAACUUACAGUGUGAGACUGACAGGUGUCUUCUGUUAUCUUCAGCCCCAUUUGCACCAGUGGUCUGCCUGCAUUUGCACAGCCUUUAAAAAGUUGAUGUGCCCUCUCCCUUUGACCCUGUGACUGAUCUGAGCAAGGAAGCAUGUGUUUGAGACUCCUCGAGUCAGGUUUUCUAACACCACUGGUAAAGUCAUUGGUUGUGUCCCUAUUUAAAAAGUUUCUGUCAAUACAUGGAUGCUUGAUUUCAAAGCAAUAGGCUCCAUGUUAUACCAGUGCUUCCCUGAGGCACUUAAGUGUGUGCGCAUGAGAAGCUAGUACCAAAGAGUAUACUUUGCAAAACUGUAUGCAGCUGUAAACCAGAAAGAAGGGGGAGAGAGGAGAGGUAAAGAGUACUUCCAACUGCUACAGGAGGAUAGAGGAAACACCUGCAAAACAUUCUUUGAAAGCAGCUUGACUUCACACUGGGUCACAAUUAACUACACUGGAGGGAAAGACAGUACAGCUUGUUAAUAGAGUGCAAAGAAACUAAGACAAGAUGCCUGAAAGCGGUAACACAUCUUGCUGUUAAUGCUUUACGUGCACAUUGGAAAAUUAUUGGUGAGGGCAGAGAAAGCAACAAAGUAAGAAAGAUUCAAGUAUGCUGUUAACUGUUCACAGUACUAUUGUUUUCUAUUUGUAAUAGUCAUUUUAAGCCAUGGAACAGGAGUAACUACUUAGUGUCUAAUCAGUAUCUGUUGUGUUCUAUUAUCUCUACACAUUUAUGGUCAACUUUUCUUUGCAUUGGGAAGAGAGACAAUAGC